AUGAGAUGGGCGCUGGCCUGGAGUUUCUAUGAUGAUGUGCAAGUACCUUCACCUCCCUCUAAAAGAAGAAAACUAGAAAAACCACGAAAACCAAUUACAUUCCUGGUUUUGGCUUCUACAGUCAAAGAGUUAUCCAUCAAAGCUGAAGCUAUGGGCUGGGAUGCUGUAGAAGCUAUUGCUGUGGUUAGAGCCUGGGUAGAGAAGAUUCUCACUGAUCUGAAGGUUCAGCAUAAACGUGUUCCAUGUGGAAAAGAUGAAAUCAGCCUCUUUGUGACUGCCAUUGAAAACUCCUGGAUUCAUUUGAGGAGAAAAAAACGUGAGAGAGUAAGGCAAUUACGAGAACUUCCUCGAGCUUCUGAAGAUAUUCUGCAAGCAAUGGAGGAGGAAAAGAACAACCAGAAGAGUGUGAGCAACAACUCGGACUGUGAAAACCCCAAGGCUGAAGACUCUGAAAUGGGGUUUAUGGCACCUGAUGAGGAUGUCCAGAUGACAGCAGGUGAACCAGAGGAAUCUGCUGCCAAAGAAGAGCACAGUGAUCCUGUGAAGGAAGAGGAGAUGGAGGAAAAGCAGAGAGAAACAUCGCUUGGGAAAGGUUCUGGUGAUGCAAAGGAGGAUCCUUGCCCUUCAGAAGAAGCUAGCAAUCUGACAGUGGAUAAAGAGCAAAGCCCUAAAGAAACCAGUGGGGGUUUUCUCUUCAAGUGUUUAAUGAAUGUGAAGAAAGAAGGAAAUGAUGUGGUAGUAGAAAUGCACUGGGUUGAAGGACAGAACAGAGACUUGAUGAACCAGCUGUGCACAUACUUACGGAACCAAAUUCUUCGAUUGGUUGCUAGUUAGCUCUUUUUCCUACUUUGGUGUGAAGUAGGUCUGUCCUCAAAUUUUGUAAACUAUUUUUAAUUAAUUAAAAUUUUCAGAUAGAAAAUAUGUCUUUUCCUCUGAAGAGUAGAAUGAAGAUAGAUGACUCCUUUAAUAUUUUAAAUAGCUUUUUCAAAGAUGUAAGGAGGGCAUGAACUGAUGAGGAACUAAUAGAUUUCAUACUGCAGCUGUAAAACUAUAUGUUGAAGUGAAACAUAUUUAUGCUGUGAGGAUUUUAAAUAUCAGCAGUGCUUAUUCUGGUCUUUUUCUGGAACAAUAGAAAUAUAUAUU